AUGGCCGAGGCGCAGUGUGCCUCAACGUCAUACGACAAAGUCUACACUCCGCAACCCAUAAACUCCGAACUGAAUUUUGAUUAUCUCGCAUUUCCACCUCCAAAUCCGAUAUAUUUUGGCGGCCGAAUGGCGUCGGCUUCGUCCCCUCUGACGAAUUCGCCACGCACUUCAGUCACAUCAAUAUCAACAAUAUCAUCCUGGGGCUCGUAUUUCGAAACCGCCGGCAAUCAAUCUUCCCUAAGUCCGUACGAGACCGAAGACACAUUCACAUUUCCAGCAUGUUACGAUUACAACCCUGCUUCGGAGAAACUAACAUUUAUCCAUCUGGAACAUUCAAUAGAGGCGGAGGAAGACGAUCCUCCUUUUUCUCCUACUGCAGCCGAUGUUCCAAUAGCUGUUACAACUGCCGCCGACCUGCCGGUGACAGCUAUCGAUGACAUUCAUCUCCUUCGAGCUGAACCUUCCCGACAUGUCGACUACCUGUCGCAUGGCUGGAAGGAAGAAGAUAUCUGGGCUUCCCGGAGGUAUAUGGUUGGGAAGAGGGAGGUCUACGAUAAUGCAGCUCGAUUAGAGAAUGCUUCUUGGAGAACAUGGAUGAAAGUGAAGAGAAAGUUGAGGACCGUAUCUCCGGAAAAGAUUGAUUGGAUGAAGGACUACAACUUCACUUGGCUGUACAGACCAUUAUCGACGGCUCCAGAGCGAUCUUCUUUUUUCAUAUCUCCAACCCCCGAAUGCUCGAGUGCUCUUAGAAAUCAUUCCUAUCACAGGAACACCAAAAAGACCAUCUUGAAGAAGAGAAGUAUGCCCGAGGCCCUACUACAACGGUCUAUUAGCAGUUCAAAUCAAUCACGGCAAGCCGCUGCUUCGAUAAGAUCACAGCAGUCGCAGAAUCAUCACAGAUUAUCCCCACUUGUUAUGCCGAGCAGAGCAGUUUCGGGCUGCGCAACAUAUCAGUUUGUAUCACACGCAGCUGGCAGCUGUGAGGGAACCAGCGAAACGACACCAGCUAUGGAUUCUGGCAUACAAUCCCCUUUAUCUUCCCAGAAAUAUAUUCAUUUCAAUGACAGAGUUGAGCAAUGUAUGGCCAUCGAAGCCAAAAAAGAGGAUGACGACAUGGAUGUUAAUAUGAGAUUCGUUUACCAGGAGGAUAAUUCUUCUGAUGAAGGUGGACUUUGCCUCGGCAUUUCAAGUCGACCGAAGAAUGGAGGCCAGAAUUCCCGGGGAAGCCUAUUGGAACCUCAGACCAUCCAAAAACUCCCAUCGACAACCCUCAAAACUGAAGUGGAACCAUCUGAACUGAAACAAUCAACAUCGAGCAACGAUCUGUCUGCCUUGCGGUUCGGUGCGAGUUCUUCAAGCUUAUCCAAGUCUAGCCUGGGAUCAGGGACCGCUUUUGCCUUCAACAAGGAAGAUGAGGAUGAUCCUAUCGAAUGGGAACCCAAGUGGACCAAUCGAAGGAACAACAUCUCCCUAAACCGCAACAGAUUCGGCGAUUUCGACGAAGAGUAUGGUGGUUUCUCCGAAUGUCCACCCACCCCUUCUAGUGGCAGCGAAGGAAUCUUUGGACGAGCUGUGGACACUGUCAACACUGCGCGUGACAUUGCAUACGUGUUCUGGAAUGUCGGCUGGGCAAGUCGACAGUACCGUACCGACGCUCGAUAG